ACAAAAAGCACACGGAGCAAAACCCAAAUGGUUCACCACGCUUGAACAAACAAUCUUACAAAAUACAACUACUCUUAAAGCCGGCGCAGCAUGGACAACAUGGCCACCCACAACAGCAUGGACAUCAUUCAUAUACCCUCUCAAUCAGUCCACAAUAUCCAAAACCAUCAAUCACGGUGCAUAUGUAGAUGACACAAUCUGGCUCGCACAUUCAUCAAACAGCAUGCAAAACAUUCUCAAUUCAGCUACCCAAUUCUAUAAUAU